GAGGAAGGUGCCUAAGUCGGGAGUCAGAUAGUCAUCCCUCUGGGACGCCGCCGCCGCCGUCCAGCCGCGGCUCCCUCACACCUGUUUUUUAAAAUGAAGAAGUUUAAUUUCCGAAAAGUUUUGGAUGGCUUAACUGCCUCUUCCCCUGGCAGUGGUAGCAGCAGUGGCAGUAACAGUGGUGGUGGGGCUGGAAGUGGUUCCAUACAUCCAGGAGGGACUGCAGGGGUUCUCAAAGAGGAGAUUCAGGAAACCCUGACUUCAGAGUAUUUCCAGAUUUGCAAGACAGUUCGGCAUGGUUUCCCUUAUCAGCCCACAGCAUUAGCCUUUGAUCCAGUUCAGAAAAUCUUGGCUAUUGGGACAAGAACAGGUGCUAUACGAAUACUUGGGAGACCUGGCGUUGAUUGUUAUUGCCAACAUGAAAGUGGUGCAGCUGUCCUGCAGCUCCAAUUCUUGAUCAAUGAGGGUGCUUUGGUUAGUGCAAGUUCAGAUGAUACCCUUCAUUUGUGGAAUCUCAGACAAAAAAGGCCAGCUAUUCUUCAUUCUCUUAAAUUUAACCGAGAACGAAUUACUUACUGUCAUCUACCUUUCCAGAGUAAAUGGCUCUAUGUUGGAACAGAAAGAGGAAAUACACAUAUUGUAAAUAUUGAAUCUUUCAUUCUUUCUGGAUAUGUUAUCAUGUGGAACAAGGCAAUUGAGCUAUCCACGAAGACUCAUCCAGGUCCAGUUGUACAUUUAAGUGAUAGCCCAAGAGAUGAAGGGAAACUGCUGAUAGGUUAUGAAAAUGGUACUGUAGUAUUCUGGGACUUGAAAUCUAAAAGAGCAGAACUAAGAGUUUAUUAUGAUGAGGCUAUUCAUUCAAUUGAUUGGCAUCAUGAGGGCAAACAAUUCAUGUGCAGCCAUUCAGAUGGUAGCUUGACCUUAUGGAACCUGAAAAGCCCAAGUCGUCCUUUCCAGACCACAAUUCCACAUGGAAAAAGUCAAAGAGAAGGAAGAAAAUCUGAAUCUUGUAAACCAAUUCUAAAAGUAGAAUACAAGACUUGUAGAAACAGUGAACCAUUCAUAAUAUUUUCUGGUGGACUGUCUUAUGACAAAGCUUGCAGAAGACCAAGUUUAACCAUCAUGCAUGGAAAAGCAAUUACAGUGCUUGAAAUGGAUCAUCCUAUUGUCGAAUUUCUUACUUUAUGUGAAACACCCUAUCCAAAUGAAUUUCAAGAACCAUAUGCUGUUGUAGUACUUCUGGAGAAAGAUCUCAUUGUAGUUGAUCUGACACAAAGCAAUUUUCCAAUCUUUGAAAAUCCGUAUCCCAUGGACAUUCAUGAAUCACCAGUUACAUGCACAGCAUACUUUGCUGAUUGCCCACCAGACCUGAUUCUAGUACUCUACUCUAUAGGAGUCAAGCAUAAAAAACAAGGAUACAGUAAUAAGGAGUGGCCAAUCAGUGGAGGAGCUUGGAACCUUGGAACACAAACAUAUCCAGAAAUUAUUAUUACUGGUCAUGCAGAUGGAUCAAUAAAAUUUUGGGAUGCUUCUGCAAUAACUCUGCAGAUGCUGUACAAGCUAAAAACGUCAAAAGUGUUUGAAAAACAGAAGGUAGGAGAAGGAAAACCGACAUGUGAAAUUGUAGAGGAAGAUCCAUAUGCCAUUCAGAUGAUUUACUGGUGUCCAGAGAGCAGAGUAUUCUGUGUAUCAGGAGUCUCUGCAUAUGUCAUAAUUUAUAAAUUCAGCAGACAUGAAAUAACAACAGAAAUAGUGUCAUUAGAGGUACGACUUCAGUAUGAUAUGGAAGAUAUUAUUACCCCAGAACCAGAAACAAGUCCUCCAUUUCCAGAUCCCUCAUCCCAGCUUCCUUCAUCAAGGAGUCUUUCCGGAAGCACUAACACUGUGGCUAGUGAAGGAGGAACAAAGGACAGUAUCCCAUGCCUCAAUGUUAAGACACGACCAGUGCGGAUGCCUCCAGGAUAUCAAGCAGAGCUUGUUAUUCAGUUGGUGUGGGUGGAUGGUGAGCCUCCCCAACAGAUUACUAGUCUUGCUGUAAGCUCAGCAUAUGGAAUAGUUGCGUUUGGGAACUGCAAUGGGUUGGCUGUGGUGGAUUUUAUACAGAAGACAGUACUGUUAAGCAUGGGGACCAUUGACCUAUAUAAAUCAAGUGACCUAUACCAACGUCAACCACGGUCUCCUCGAAAAAACAAGCAGUUCAUUGCAGACAACUUUUGCAUGCGUGGCCUGUCUAACCUUUAUCCUGAUUUAACGAAACGGAUCCGUACUUCUUAUCAGAGUUUAACUGAGCUAAAUGACAGUCCAGUUUCCCUGGAACUUGAGCGCUGCAAGUCUCCCACUUCAGGACUUGCUACCAGAACUCCUGAGGCAACACCAGGCUUUUAUAGGAAUGAAAUACCAGCUGUGAGACAGAGGAAUCAAAUACAUCACUUGCCAGAUCAUGUAAAUGGACACUGCACAAGUCCAACCUCUCAGAGUUGCAGUUCUGGAAAACGUCUGUCCAGUGCUGAUGUUUCAAAAGUAAAUCGCUGGGGUCCUGGAAGACCACCAUUUCGGAAAGCACAAUCAGCUGCUUGCAUGGAAAUUUCUUUACCAGUCACAACAGAAGAAAGCCGAGAAAAUUCCUAUAAUCGUUCUAGAAGCUCUAGCAUCUCCAGUAUUGACAAAGAUUCGAAAGAAGCAAUUACAGCACUAUACUUCAUGGAGUCCUUUGCUCGGAAAAAUGACCCUACAGUCUCUCCUUGUUUGUUUGUCGGAACUAGUCUGGGAAUGGUGUUAAUCAUCUCUCUGAACCUUCCUUCAGCAGAUGAACAAAGAUUUACAGAGCCAGUCAUGGUAUUCCCAAGUGGUACUUUCCUCUCACUGAAAGGUGCUGUGCUAACAUUCUCCUGUAUGGACCGAAAUGGUGGAUUAAUGCAGCCGCCAUAUGAAGUUUGGAGGGAUCCAAACAACGUAGAUGAAAAUGAAAAAUCUUGGAGAAGGAAACUGGUCAUGAACUGCCCCUCCCCAUCCCAAGAAAUAGGAGAUCAUCAGUAUACAAUAAUCUGCUCAGAGAAACAAGCCAAAGUCUUCUCACUGCCUUCUCAGACUUGUCUUUAUGUUCAUAACAUCACCGAGACAUCUUUUAUACUGCAAGCAGAUGUGGUGGUCAUGUGUAACAGUGCCUGCUUGGCAUGCUUUUGUGCCAAUGGGCAUAUCAUGAUAAUGAGCCUACCUAGUCUUCGCCCAAUGUUGGAUGUUAAUUAUUUGCCACUGACAGACAUGAGGAUAGCACGGACAUUUUGUUUUACCAAUGAAGGCCAGGCAUUAUACCUCGUCUCUCCUACUGAAAUUCAGCGUUUAACAUACAGCCAAGAGAUGUGUGAUAAUCUACAGGACAUGCUAGGAGAUUUGUUUACUCCCAUAGAGACACCAGAAGCUCAAAACAGAGGCUUUCUCAAGGGGCUGUUUGGUGGCAGUGGACAAACAUUUGACAGAGAAGAGCUCUUUGGGGAAGCUUCAGCGGGAAGAGCAUCUCGCAGCCUUGCACAGCACAUUCCCGGACCAGGUGGUAUAGAAGGGAUGAAAGGUGCUGCCGGAGGGGUGAUGGGAGAGCUGACACGCGCUCGGAUCGCACUUGAUGAGAGAGGACAGAGGCUAGGAGAGCUGGAGGAGAAGACUGCAGGCAUGAUGACCAGUGCAGAAGCAUUUUCCAAACAUGCACAUGAGUUAAUGCUGAAAUAUAAGGAUAAGAAAUGGUACCAAUUCUAAACUUCUAAAGAAGCUGUGACUGCUUUGAGAAACCAUUAUUCAGGGAAACAAAAUUUAUUCCCAGCAUCACUAUUCAACUUGCUAGAAGCCAGUUUCUUCUACAAAAUGUUCCAUUACAGUCUAUCUGAAGUUAUCACAAGGGAAAUUUAUUAGAGACACUGUACAACCCAAAGGCUGAAACCCUGGUUAAAAUCCCAAGACAUGGCUGAAUUUGCCUUUUCCUAACGUGGAAUGGAGCUAUCAUUUUGGCAUGUUGUUUGCUAAGGAUUUACAUUUAGGAACUAUGGGGAGUCCUUCUGAUUUGAAAAAAUCUGUACAAACAAAAGCAUUAAUGCACUUAAUGAAAAAAAAAUCUUUGCAUGAUAAAUUAACAUCUUAAGAGGAAAAGAAAAAAAAGCAUGUUGU